AUGACAGAUUUCAACACAACUGACUUCACCAACCCCUCCACCUUCAUCCUGCAGGGCAUUCCUGGCCUGGAGGCGGCCCAUAUCUGGAUCUCCAUCCCCUUCUGCACCGUGUACACCAUAGCCAUCUUGGGGAACUUCACCAUCCUAUUCCUUGUGAAGAUGGAUCCGAGCCUCCAUGCCCCCAUGUACUAUUUCCUCUGCUUGCUGGCUGUCACUGACCUGGUCCUAUUAACAUCCACCCUGCCCAAAAUGCUGAGCAUCUUCUGGUUCAGUGCUAGGGAGAUCAGUUUCAGUGCCUGCCUCACCCAGAUGUACUUCAUUCACUGCUUCUCAGCAGUGGAGUCUGGGAUCUUCACGGCCAUGGCUCUGGAUCGCUAUGCAGCCAUCUGCCAUCCCCUGAGAUAUUCUACCUUCCUGACAAACCCUAUCGUGGCCAAGAUCAGCUUGGCUGUGGUGCUGCGCGGUGGUAUGCUUGCACUUCCCUAUCCCAUCCUGGCGAGGCAGUGGCCAUAUUGCAAAACCAACAUCAUCCCCCAGCCGUACUGCACACACAUAGCUAUGGUGAAUCUGGCCUGCGCCGACACCCGCAUUAGUAGUUACUAUGGGCUCUUUGUGCUAUUCUGUGUGAUGGGUCUGGAUGUGAUUUUUAUCACCGUGUCCUAUAUCCAGAUCCUCAGGGUCAUCUUCAGCCUCCCCACAAAGGACGCCCGGCUCAAGACUUUUCGGACCUGUGGCUCCCACCUCUUUGUCAUUUUAGCCUUUUACAUCCCAGGUCUCUUCAUCUCCCUCCUAUCCCGGUUUGGCCAGAAUGUGCCGCUACAUUUCCAUGUUCUCAUUGCCAAUGUGUACCUCUUGAUGCCCCUCGUGCUCAACCCCAUCAUCUACGGUGUGAGGACCAAACAGAUCCGGGACAGGCUGUUUCGGUUCUUUACUCAUGAAGGGGCCUAAUAGUUUCUCUUCCUGAUCUGACUCUGAGAUUGAACUACAUGCACAACUGGCUGGUGAUAUGGUGCUGGUCCCUCUUCCCUGAAUCACUGACUGGACAGUCAAAGUGACAUUUCGUCCUUUCUUGGCCUUACUGUGUUGUAUCAUUGUGACAAACUGAGGAAUCAGGCUGUGUACAAUUUAUUAAUUCAUAGGGUUCCCACCUUUCUAAUUGCUGGUAACUGGACCCCUGAGGCCCUGUGCCCUGCCCUGCCUAUACCCCCAUAGCCCUGC